GCUGACGCUAACGUCAGUAGGACUCCCGAACGUCUUUUGCUGCAGAGACAGAACGGACGGUCGGACAGGAUGCCUUUCUCUGAGCUAUAUUUCAAUGUCGAUAACGGCUACCUGGAGGGCCUGGUUAGAGGCUUUAAAGCUGGAAUACUUUCUCAAGCGGAUUAUUUAAACCUCGUUCAGUGCGAGACCCUGGAAGAUCUGAAGCUCCAUCUGCAGAGCACAGACUAUGGCAGCUUCCUGGCAAAUGAGGCGUCUCCUCUCACAGUUUCUGUUAUUGAUGACAAGCUGAAGGAGAAGAUGGUGGUGGAGUUUCGCCACAUGAGGAACCAGUCAUAUGAGCCACUGGCCAGUUUUAUGGACUUCAUCACGUACAGCUACAUGAUUGAUAACGUCAUCUUGCUGAUUACGGGCACUCUGCACCAGCGGGCCAUCUCUGAGCUGGUGCCUAAGUGUCACCCACUUGGUAGCUUUGAACAGAUGGAGGCGGUCAACAUUGCCCAGACCCCUGCUGAGCUGUACAAUGCUAUCCUGGUGGACACACCCCUGGCUGCAUUCUUCCAGGACUGUAUAUCUGAACAGGACUUGGACGAGAUGAACAUUGAAAUAAUUCGUAAUACACUUUAUAAGGCUUACCUUGAGGCUUUCUAUAAGUUCUGCUCCAACCUUGGAGGAACCACGGCAGACACCAUGUGUCCUAUCCUGGAGUUCGAAGCUGACAGGAGAGCCUUCAUCAUCACCAUCAACUCAUUCGGCACAGAGCUGUCCAAAGAAGACCGUGCUAAGCUUUUCCCCCACUGUGGCAAGCUUUACCCAGAAGGACUUGCUCAACUGGCCCGAGCAGACGACUACGAGCAGGUCAAGGCUGUUGCCGACUUUUACCCUGAGUACAAGCUGCUGUUUGAAGGCGCCGGCAGUAACCCUGGGGACAAAACACUGGAGGAUCGCUUCUUUGAGCAUGAGGUGAAGUUGAACAAGCUGGCCUUCCUCAACCAGUUCCACUUCAGUGUUUUCUACGCCUAUGUCAAGUUAAAGGAGCAGGAAUGUAGAAACAUUGUCUGGAUCGCCGAGUGCAUUGCUCAACGGCAUCGCGCCAAGAUUGACAACUACAUUCCUAUUUUUUAAGUCCUCUUUUCCUCCCUGUCACCAUUCUCUUCUUCCCACCAUCAUUUCUUUGAGCCCUAUGUCUUGGACAGUGAUAGUGAUUGCAGUUAUUUGUGAAAGAUUGUGAUGGUGCAUUUUCCCUGGUCUUCACUCGUACUGUAGGUGUAAAUCUGUUCUUUAAAAGACAAUGUGUAUCGGCAACCUAAACUGAAAGUUGUUUAACAUAAAGACAUUCAAACAUGUCUGGUCAGGCUGAGAUGGGCUUAUUUGAAUAUGGUCACAAGAUAAAGUGGGCAACUCAUUUGACUUUCAAACACGUACUUUUGACUGUCAAAAAAUUGUUUUUGACAACACGUCUUGUCAACAAGUCCACAUUGGCUUGUAUUAUAAACCAGAUGAUUAGAAUUUUUGUCCCCAGGAUUUAGGCAUAUGAUAUAGCUGAUUGUGAAGUACGUUUAAAUCAUUAAAAACAACCUUAUAUCCUCUGACCAUCAGCCUUUCCUGCUCAAAAUGUACAUGAAAUCAUUCCUCUACUUGGUGUCAGUCACAACUGUGUUCUAUAUAACCUGUACUUAUUUCUGUUUUAGUGCUAGCUUUUGUCAGCAUGUCAUUAGAGUGGUCUUACCUGAAAACUAACAAGUGAAAUGCGUAAAUUAUUAGAUUAAAAACGCAGCAAGAGAACAGAG